AUGUCGAUAAGCCUGAGCAAGGAGCGCGAAGCGGCGCUCCCGCCCGUCGUCGAGGAGCCGACGACUUUGGCCUCCGACCGGAAGAUCCGCGACUCGUCCAACCUCGCCUACUACCUGAUCCUCCUGCAGGGAAUCGGCAUCCUCAUGCCCUGGAACAUGUUCCUCAACAUCAGCUACGAUGUUUGUGCUUAAUUCAUCAGAAUCAUAAUGUCGUGUUCAAUUUGAUUUUUUCAGUUUGAUCAAAUUGAACACGGCAUAAGUUUUCCUGCUGGGUGAACCCUAACACGGGCUCUCAGCUGGUGGGCCCGUAAAAGCCCGUUUUUGGCAUUUUACCGCAGUUUUCGGAAAUGGCUCCCCAUGUUAGAGUGUUUUGCAGGACUGCGAAAAUCUCUAGUGGUCACUUAAGGGGUUCAUAGAUAGAGAGAGCAAUCAAGUGGCCACUAAAAACACCUAUGAACGUUUGCGUCGUAGUGGCCACUAUAGUAGUUUUAAGGGUCUAGUAGAACUACAUAGUAUUCUUGAAAGGACACUAAAAUUUUGACACUCAAGGGUCCACUAAUUUGACUACUAUAGUGGCCCCUAAACCGACAAAACCUUAAAGGGGCCACUAAAAAAUUUUCCGAGAAGGGGAAACUUGGAAAAAAUGGCUUAUUUUUAAGCCGUAAGAUGGGCAGAAAGCUUCAUCCAUUCCGAAAAUUCAUUCACUCGAAAAUACCUGAAUUUCCAAGAUAACUAUCAUUAAUCGAGGCCAAGAGGAUGUGUUACAGUACUACAUCAACCACAAACUCCUCGAGCCGGUCUUCGACCCCGAGACGAACACGACAGUGCUGAAACAGGCCGAAUACUCCAACAACUUCCAAAUCGCGAUGACCUUGUCCAGCCAGGUGCCCAACCUGCUCCUUAACCUCAUCAACAUGUUCGUCAACGCCAAGUCAGUCCUUUUUUAUUUUUGAAAAAUUAAAGUUUAGUUGUAAGCAAAAUUUGAAGAAUAAUCAAUGUUCAACCAUAAGGAAAAAUGACAGCGCAGCCUUCAGAAAAAGUUAAAGAAAAGUUAAAAAGCAGAGUGAAACAAAUAUUUAAAUAUUAAAAAAGUUUGGUCCUAGUUUAGUUUGUAAUAACACCUUCUUUUCACCAAAUCAAAUACAAAAAUUCUUAAUUUUUUAGAAUUUUUAACCUUGGUACUUCAAAUACUUGCUCCCAGAUCAGUAGAAAACUACUUUAAUUAAUUAAUUAAUAAUUGAGUUCAGUUGUGUUACAAGUUCAUUCACAGCAGCUUCAGGGAAAAUUAAGAAUACUUAUAUUUUCGAAGUUUUGACGGGAAGGUACUUGAGAGCACCAUAAACCGAAGAACAUUAGAAAAAUUACCUUUUCAGCUUUUCAAUAGAGUUUUAACGCUGCGAAUUUCGCACUUUAAAUUUUUAAAUGAAAUUUUUGGCGUCUUCUAGAGGUUAAAAGCCUAUUAAAAAGCAGAAAAUAGGCAUUUUUGACUGGUUUAGAUCCAAAAAAAGUUUGCAAUUUGAAAAAUCAAAAAAAGUGUUUUUUUAAAAAUAAUGCGAAAACUCAAAAAAUCAAAAAAUUUGGAAUUAACGUACCCUGGAGGGCCCUCUUAGGAAAAAUCUCAUCAAAUUGCCUUUUUCAGAAUUCGAAAAAAAGUAAAAAAAUUUUUAAAAAAAUGAGCUUCUAUUAUUUUUGUUUUCGGGGGACUGUGAGACUUUUUAAAAAAACAACUGCUGAGUUUUUUUCGGAAUUUUAAACGAAAGAAUCACUAAAAAAACAGGAAUUUUUUUAGGGGGGACCUGACUUUCCGGAUCAACGCCUGCCUGUCGAUCAUCAGCUCCGUGGUGGUCAUCACCAUCGCCUUGAUCUUCGUCGAAACUGAGAAUCGUUCGUAGAACAUCUAUAAGGAAGAAAAAGAAAUAGAUUAAAAAAGUUUAUUGUUCUGGAAUUCGAAAGCGAAAAAUCGUAUCUACUUGUUCUAAAGUUUAAAUUAAAGGAAGGAAAAGUAUUUUUUUGGAAAUUAACAGAAAAAAAUCACCAUAGACUAUUAAAAUCUGGAUUUUUUUCAAACGGCUGGGAAAAACUUUAGCGGCCACUAUAGAGGUUUGCUAAGGACUACUUGGAGAGGACACUAAAGUGGCCACUAUUUUCCGUUUCAGUGGCCACUUCAGUAAUUUUUCAUCCCGUAUUCCUUCCAGUAACUCUGAUAAUUUUAAAACAAACAGAUUGGAUCAGUUAUGGUGAUCCACUGAUCCCUAAAGUGGCCACUAAAAUUUUUAGUGGUCUAGUAGUAGCACUUAGACCUUUAUAAAGGCCACUAGUUGUUAACCCCUUAAGUGGCCACUAAUUAGACUACUAUGGUGGCCACUAAAACGUCAAAACCCUAUAGGGACCACCUAAAGUUUUCGCAGAGUGUCCUUAAAAUUGCUUAUCACGGCAUUUUGAGUUGAAUGAGAAUAAAUUUGAGAUCUUAUCUGAAAAAAUAUUUCUCGAAGUUAAUUUUGAAAGUUAAAAAAAAAAUGAAUUUAGACAUGGGCAAAUUCUUCUACUUCACCCUGUUCACCAUCAUCAUCCUCAACGGAGCCAACGGCGUUUUUCAGAACAGGUUUUAACGAAAAACGAAGAUUUCUUUAAAGAAUGAUUUUUUACAGCAUGUUCGGUCUGGUUUCGGAUUUCCCCUUCAAAUACACCAACGCCGUCAUUAUCGGCCAAAACUUUUGCGGAACUCUGAUUACUAUCAUCGGAAUGCUCACCAAAGCUGGUGCGAAGAACACUGAGAUUUUGAAAAAUUGUGGAAAAAUCUGGAAUUUUUAUACGAAACACGGUAAAAGGAACCGAUUUUUGUAUAGAAACACCGAAAAUUACGAAUUCUUGUAUAUAAUCCAACUGAUUUGAUUUAAAAUUUUCAAAUUUCCGAAUCUUAGAAAGUUAUAGAGCGUUAAAAUUAUGAGAGGCAGGGUUUUUUUUUCUCUUAACGCUUCCUUGUUUUUUAGUGCUCUCUAGUUUUUGAGCUUUUUAAAGUUAGAGAGCGUUCAAAAAUGAGAGAGCAGCUUUUUUUUUCUCUGAACGCUCUCUUGUUUACAAAUGCUCUCUAGGACUUUAGAAAAAUCCGUAAUCGAACUAAUUAGGUUUGAAAUGUUUGAUGAAUCUUCGAAUGUCAGAGAGCGUUGAAAAUAUGAGAGGCCAGACUAUCUUUCUCUGAGCCCUCUUGUUUACCAGUGCUCUCUAGCUUCCGAAGGUUCAAAAGUUAGAGAGCGUUGAAAAUAUGAGAGGCCAGGGUUUUUUUUUUUGCUCUGAAUGCUUUCUUGUUUUCAAGUGGACUCUAGGAAAUUCUGAAAAUCCAUGAAAUUCAGACCGAUUUGAUCCAAAUUUCCAGCCGCUAGCACCGUAGAAACCCGCGCAGUCGCCUACUUCACGAUCUCCUUAGCUGUCUUGAUUUCCUGCCUCGUCAGCAUCCAAGUCCUCAAACGGCUGCCUUUCUACCGAUUCUACACCCAGAAGAAGGAGGAAAUGGUCGAUCUCCGCAGUGUUCGUCGACCAGAAAUAUAUAUUUGAUCUAUUUUUGAACUUUGAAGAUCCGAAUGCUGGAACGGGACGUCCAGAAAACCACUUCGGAUGGCGCCACGGAAACUGAAAGAGUUGAACUUGUCGAGAUCGAGGCCGUUGAGGAACGCAGCACCUGGGAGACCUAUCUGGAGACCUUCAAAGAGGUCCUGGGGAAAUAAAAAAAAAAUGCCUUCCGGAAAAAUUUGGAUAGAUCCGGAAGUAUGAUAGGGAGAAGAAAAAUUGAACGUUGAAACUUUUUUUUUGUUCAAUAGUUGAUUUCGGUUGUUAAUUUGACUUGAUUUCACGAAAUUUAUAGUUCAAAUAGCUGUUUUACUCAUAAGAAGACUUUCAAAGAAGUCCUGGAAUAUUCAUUAAAAAUACGAGGUAUAAAAAUAAAUCAUAAAUAAUUCCUUGAGAGUUUGAAAUUUUAAAAAAAUAGGAAAGAAAUCUGAUUAGACCAAAUUUUUUUGCUCACUUUUUGUGAGAAGUUUUAAAAUUUUUUUAUGAAUAUUGUGUGAAUUUUUCAAAAAAAUUUGAUUGCUAAACUUUUCAAAAAAACCGGUUUUUUUACCGUAUCAAUUAGAAAAAAAAAGUUUAAAAUAUUUCGAAUUUCCUCAACUUUCCAGUAAUUUGGUCACUUUUCCAAGAAUAUCAUGAAAAUCGCGAAAAAUUUCCGAAAAAAAGUUGACCACUGACUAGGGAACUACGCGAACUCGUUUUCGCGGAUCGAUUUGAAACUUUGGUGUUUUAUAGACCCAAGUCAGAAUAUUUGAAAACAAAAGAGAAAAUCUGCCAAACCCGAUAAAAAACUGAUAAAUAAUUUGUAGAAAAUGUGCAGAUUGGGCUUGAAAAAUUUCAAAAUACUGCUUUUUACCUUAUUGUAUAUUUUCAUACAAUCGGUACCUUGUUUGGUUUAGCAGAUAGUAUUGCCUGUUUUUAAGUACCCUUACUUAGAUCUUUCAGCCACCAAAGUUUGAACUCGAUACGUGAAUACGAAUUCGCGUGGUUCCCCAAUUAGAAUUCGACAGUUUUUUGAGUGAAAAACAAGAGUUGGAUUAUUGAAAAAUGAUUUUGAUGAAAUUUCUGACAGAUUGAGAGAAAAAUGUUGUAUUUCGGUCGAUCAGAUACUCCAACUUUUGAAUAAACUCUCAAAGAUGUCCGUGGAAGUCAAAAACUAUAAUAAUAAUAGGGGGUGUCCUCGCAAAUUUGACAGUUCUCAGGUGAAAAAAAUAUGUUACACUUGAUUUCGAUGAGAACUUUGAUUGAAUGUUUGAAUAAUUUUGCAUUUUUGAGUUGAUUAGAUAAGUUCCUGUUCGUAAAGUUUUUCCUGAAAAAUCGCAAGCCAUUCUCAGAAAGUUGACUAUUGAAUCAAUAAGAAGGAAGCAAAAUGAGAUACUUUUUUUACCGUUUUCAAAAUUUUCUAUUAAUUUCUACGAAGACUUUCAAAAAAAUGCGAACUGAAAAGGGCGCAAAAAAUAUGAAAACACUAAAAAAAUUUCCUUAUAUAAGCAUCCAAUUUCUAGGCCAAGGGACAGCUCUUCAACAUUUUCUUCCUGUUUUUCGUGACCCUCGCGAUUUUCCCCAACAUCCAGACGAAAAUCACGGACAAUGGAAAGAACGAGCCCUACAAUUUUAUCGUUUCUGGUUGAAAAAUAGGAGUUUUAAGCGAAAAAUGAAAGGUUCUUUGAAGAGAAGUACUUCAUGGACGUGACGACGUUCCUCAACUUUAACCUCUUCGCCUUCAUCGGAUCCAUGAUCGCCAACUAUGUUCAGAUUGUGAGGAAAUUUGUGGAGAAUCCAAAAUUGAACGGGGCUUUUCUGCAGUUUGGACCCCGCAACAUCUGGAUUCCGGUCGUCGUCCGCGCCCUUUGGCUCUUCUACUUCCCCUUCUGCAACUACGAUGUCGUAAAGAGGUUUAGCAAACGAAAAAGUGCUUUUUAGGAGGUUUAAAUUAAGAAAUAGGUUCAAAAAAAGUUAAAAUGUUUCCUAGUAAGUUGAAAAGACGAUGAUACAAUGGAAAGUCUUCAUCAAAAAGCUUCAGUUCCUUAGGAUCCGAGUUUUCCAAGCUUUUAUAGUAGCGGUAAAGAAUUUUUCUGGUUUGUCGUCCGUAAUUUUGUCAAAAAAAAAAAAAUCAUUUUGACUUUUGUUUUUAACAAGAUUUUUUUCUCGACUUGACUUUUAUAGACUUUUUUCAUGUCUCUUCUAAUUUUUUGCCUUUUUUGCACACAAAAGCUCAAAAAUUUCGCUUUUUUCCAAUUUUUUCUAUCAUGAUGCCUAGGUUAAAAAAGUUAACGCAUAAAAUCCGGCCACACCCACUUUUUCUUUAACUGUGGUUCUUCGAAAAAAGCCCAAAAUGGCUUGAAAUAUAUUUUAAAAGCUCAGGCUAGUCCUAGGAAGGUAAUUCUGGUUACUAACCAGCAGCAGGUUGGAAAUUGAAUGGAACCUAUACCAUUGCCAUUCAACAGAAACCUGCGCGUUCUGUUCCCCUCGACCUGGCUCUACGUCAUCAACGGCUCCCUGAUGGCUCUGUCUAGCGGCUACCUCACCUGCCUCAUCAUGAUGUACGCUCCCAGGUAAAUUUUUUCCAAAAAAAAAGCGGCAAAAAUUGAUUUUUUCUCCACAGAAGCGUCAAGCCGGACCGUUCCCGUAUCGCCGGAAUGAUGGCCGGAUUCUUCCUGAUCCUCGGUAAUUUUUUCGGAGGGAUACGAUUUUUCAUGCAGUUAGAGUGUUUUCUGCAAAGAUUUUCAAAAAAAUAUUCUUGAAAAAAGGGAAUAACCGUUUGAAAUUGAGCAUGAAAGCGAAAAAUCCUAUAAAAACUUAUUUUUUACUCUUUUUUUGUGUUUUAGGUGACCUAGAAGCUAGGUUUGAGAAAAUCGGUGAUUCAUUUUUUUUCAGAUCAGAAAUUGAAUUUUAAAUCAAUAACUAUUUUUCUAAAGCAAUAAUAAAAUAAUAUUAACCAAAGUCCGAGUUUUCUUUUUUAAUGACGAUUGAAACGGAAAGUUUUUUGGAAUGGAUGAGGUAAUCUGCACAUCUAACGGCUUAAAAAUGAGCCAUUCUUUGAAAUUGUUCAAAAAUACAUUUUUCACAUUUUUUCAGCGCUCCAGUUAAGUUUAAAAAUUAAAAAGUAUCUACUUUUUUUGAAGCAAAAAAAUAUGUUUAUUAUGACCUAAAAAUGUCGGGGUUUUUUAAUGAAAAUGGAGGGCUUUUGGGAAUUGAUAUUUCAACCUGCACAUCUAACGGCUUAAAAAAUGACUCGCUUUUAAAAUGUUUAGUUAGAGAAUGGAAAAACCGCUUUUUUUUUAACUUUUGCUUGAGUUUCAUUGGCUCAUUUUAACUUCUGAAUUAAAAGUUUUUUUUUUCGCAGGAAUCGUGUGUGGCUUGGCCUUCUCCGAAGUCAUCAACCACCUCGUCCGCUAG